UUUUUAUAUAUAAGUCCUGCCCCACAACAUUUAUUAAGUCGAGACAGUAACAAAAGUUUGCAAAAUGAGGCUGGUUUUUUUCUCAAGAAUGCUAACAGCAUUAGGCAUACUUCUAUUUCGCUGUGUUAUUGGAGAAUUUAAAAGUAACUUCCACACCUUUAACGCACAAAUGAUAAAAGAAGCGAGAAUUUUACACAAAGUAGAAAGUGUUUCUCUUACAAACUGUUACAUAAAAUGUCAAACAACACCAUCUUGCGUAUCUUUUGGUGUAGAGUCAGUCUAUAAAUUCAAGUCUUGCUACCUGUUGGGGAAGUUACCUUCCAAACCAUCUAAAAAAGUGAAGUAUUUGCAAGUUUUAGAAGGUGCAAGUAUAGGAACAGAAACUACUAAAAUGACUCCGGAAAAAACAGAAACAACUGCAAUGACACCGGAAGAAGCAGCAAGUACUGCUACCACACCGGAAAAAGCGACAGAGACUUUAACAACACCGGCAAGAGCAGCAUCAUCUGCAAUGACACCGGAAGAAGUAACAACAACAAGAGCAACUACAACAGCAGAUGUAUCGGCAACAAUAACGCAACAACAGACAACACCGGAUACAGGAAAUUGCAGCUGUCGACCAGAAACUGUUUGCUAUUCAUAUCAUUGUCAAUGUCUGAAGAAGGGAUUCAUCGGAGAGAAGUGCAAUAUAAAUGCAAGUUUUUCUCUGACAUCUCACAUACAGACGAGAAGAGUACCGGUCAUAUUAAAGCCAAUUGCUUUGUAUAAAGAACUCACUAUCACAUUUUGGUUGAUGCUGACAGAAAAUGUAACUUCAGUGACGCAACAUAUUUUCACAAUGUCUCUCCUACCGAUUACGAACAAUCACUGUAAUGACCUUGGGGUGAUUAGAUAUAUAGAUGGGAAUAACUUAAGAGUGUAUAUUGCACAACUAGCGUACGACAUGGUAAUACCAGAACCUGUGCACAAGUGGACUCAUAUUGGAGUUAUAUACAGCGAUCUUGGCUUUAAAAUUUACAUGAACGGAAGAUAUUUAGGAAAAUAUGUAUUUACCAAGGUAAAUGCAAAAACAGUGAACUUUGUUCAAAUUAUACUUGCAAACGAUGCGGACGAAACAACUUCCCAGACAUGCGUUCCCGGGUUAGCAGAGGAAGGUGCCAUUGGGAGUAUAUCUCAUUUCUUUGUGUGGAGUAGAGCAUUAAUUCCAUCAGAGAUAGCGAAGGCGUAUGAAAUGGAUCCCGUGAUGAACGACCUUUUGAUUUCCUGGGAGGAAUUUCGAUUAAACUCAGAUUUAGUGACCCCCUAUCCCUUUUGAUUUGAUAACCAGUUUAAAGACGGUGCACGGACCUCAAUAAUGUCGCUAUUGUUAUGGAACUUGCAUUUUAUGCACAUUUUGACAUUGUUAUUCUAAAAUAAUUUGAAAUCUAUUUCACUUGUUAAAAACAAUAAUUGAAUUGUAAUGUUUUCGCCGAAGCCUUUUUAUUAUGCAAAACAUGGUUCGAUGACUGUAGACGGAGCAGAGACAAACAAUUGUAAUAGAUUUUUAUUUUGCUUCGAAAUUCUCUACUUGUUAGCUUAUAUCACAGAUGAAAAAAGAACCAAGAAAUCUCACUUGUAAAUGGUG